AUCAAAUCAAUGGAAGGCGUAUUUUUAUUGUGAAUCAAGCAGUUAUUUUACUUAUUCUCAUAGAAACCAACCUCGUAAUAUUGAAAAAUGUUUCCAAAGUAUGUCUUACUUACCUUCCUUGCCGUCUGUGCUUGUUUAGUUUCCGGUCAGUCCUACGAGGAUAAGAGAUGCAAGUGUGUGUGUCCGAGCCCAGCGGCCGUGCUCAACAACACCGCAGGCUCGGACCGCAAACUGUACAUUGCAAAUGUACCUCCAAAUAAAUGCAACUGUGAUGGUGUGAUCCUGCCGCGGGUGGGCGAGGAGGUGAAGGGACGGGAGCAGGAGUUUUGUCCGCGCUGCGAAUGCAAAUAUGAGAACAGGAACACCACAAUCAUCAAAGUGGUGGUGAUAAUCGUGAUAUGGGUGAUCAUGCUGCUGGUGGUCUACAUGGGCUUCCUCAUCUGCCUCGACCCGCUCAUCAACAAGAGGGCCAAGGCGUCCUACCAGGAGCACACCAAUGAGGAGGAUGAGUCGUCGUCGGUGGGACCCCCCCUGGCGGCCAUGGGCGCCCGCGGGAACGUGCUCAACCGAGUCACUCACCAGCAGGACAAAUGGAAGCGACAGGUGCGUGAGCAGCGUCGCAACAUCUACGAUCGCCACACUAUGCUGAACUAGGGACAGGCCCCGCAACUUGCGGAGAAUUCGUGUUGAAUACAAAAUUGUGACAACCCUGGACCCUACUCGAGCGCCAUGAGACCGCUGCAGUGUUUAAUUCGUGUUGAAAAGAUUUGUGACAACCCUGAGUCCUUCAGUGCGCAAGUCUCAUCCGCUGCAGUGUUUAAUAUUGUGUGUUGAAGGCGGUUUAGACUUUAGCUGUGUUAUUAUUAAAAAAACCUGUUUAAUGGGCGUUUAAAUCAAAAUUUUACACUUAGCAUGUGUCUGAGUUUUUAUGGUAAGGCCCUAGAUAUUGCGAUUGCAUAUCUUUUAAUCACCAUGUCACAUGAAUUAGAUAUAUUAUUAUUAUGUCACUAUAAAUUAUUAAGAUCUUCGGCUGCAAUCGAAAUUCUUACUGCUUUACCUAUUCAAACAUAAAAGGUAAUUUUUACAGUAUAAGUCUAAAUUAAUUUUACUCAUUUGAGGCGCAUAUGGGUGUCAAAUAAAAUAAUUACGUAGGAUCUAAAUCUUGUAGUAAUUUUAAGGAAUGAAAAUAUAGUAGUUAUACUAACUUUGUAUCUAGAUGUAGAUAAUAUUACAUAAUUUUUAAUUUAUAUAGCCUUUGAUGUAUAUUUUAGAAUGUUGUUUUUUCAGUAUUUUUAAACUGUUCUGCUUAUGUGUAUAAAAUGAUCAUUUUCAUGUGAACUAUACUUAAUAAAAUAUCAUAUAUAAUCAAUA